AUGGCUGACACUAAUGAAAAGCCCCAGCAUGCUGGGCCUUCGUCGCCAGAUGUCGAAGAGGACAUGAGUAUUGGGCAGUACAUCCUCACUCGCAUCCCGUCUUUGGUGCCGCCGAUGAACCCGGCGCCAAACCCCUUCAAAGCACUCACACUGCUCAACCGCCAGCAGUGGCUGUUUUUCUUGGUCGCUUUCUUCGGUUGGUCAUGGGACUCGUUUGAUUUCUUCACCGUCUCCUUGACGGCCUCUGAUCUGGCCGAAACAUUCGACAAGUCCGUGACCGACAUCACUUGGGGUAUUACGCUGGUGCUGAUGCUUCGCUCGGUGGGCUCAAUCACAUUUGGAAUCGCGUCGGAUCGCUGGGGCCGGAAAUGGCCGUUUGUUGUCAACCAAUUCCUGUUUAUCGUGCUGGAGCUAGGCGCCGGAUUUUGUCAGACCUACAAGCAGUUCCUCGCGUGUCGCGCGCUGUUUGGAAUCGCCAUGGGUGGUCUCUACGGGAAUGCAGCAGCCACCGCACUCGAGGAUUGCCCGCCUGAGGCGCGUGGUAUUAUUUCGGGGCUGCUUCAGCAGGGCUACGCCUUUGGGUACUUGCUCGCGACGGCCUUUGCGCGCGGCCUAGUCAACACCACCCCGCACGGCUGGCGGCCGCUGUACUGGUUCGCUGCUUGCCCACCGGUGCUGAUCAUCCUCUUUCGCCUGUGUUUGCCUGAGACCCAGACUUUCCAGCGGCGACAGGCCACACGCGAGGAGGUGCGCGGUGGCGUGGCUGCCUCGUUCUUCUCCGAGGGCAAGGUGGCACUCAAACGCCACUGGCUACUGUUGCUGUACCUGGUGUUGCUGAUGGCCGGGUUCAACUUUAUGUCCCACGGCUCACAGGACCUAUACCCGACGAUGCUCGAAAACCAAUUCAUGUUCUCCGCCGACGCCGUGACAGUCACACAGGUAGUCGCCAACCUGGGCGCAUUGACGGGUGGAACCCUGUGCGGGUGGGCAAGUCAAAUCUUCGGCCGACGCUUCUCGAUCAUCGUAAUCAGCAUCGUGGGCGGCGCGCUGCUAUACCCCUACACAUUCGUAACCGACAAGUCCGUGAUGGCGGCCGCAUUCUUCGAGCAGUUCAUGGUGCAGGGCGCUUGGGGUGUGAUUCCGAUCCAUCUGAUGGAGCUGUCACCAGGCGCCAUCCGUACCUUCGCUGUCGGCACGGCCUACCAGCUCGGAAACCUGGUCUCGUCGGCCCACCGCUACGAAUACGGCAAGGUUAUUUGUAUCUUCAUGGGCUGUGUGUUUGCUUACACUAUCCUGGUGACCCUGGCUGGACCCGAGCGUCUCGGUCGCAACUUUGACGCCGAGCACGAUGCGGAUCUGGCAGUCGUCGCGGCCCAUCGCGGUAUGGAGCGACCGGAUGACUACGAGAGUGACCCGGAGAAGGCGACAGCGUCGCGACAGGAGCGUGUUUGA